UGCUCAACUUACGCGUGAAAGCUGUAACAACCACAACUCCCUCACUUUCCUGCUAGGUAAUGUACUUAAUAUGCUCUUAUUUGCUUAUGGAGUUACAUAAUAGGGGAUAUUCCGUAUCAAAGAGACGACUAGAUUGGAAUAGUACAUAGUGCCGUUAUUGGUGUAGCUGCAUUAUGGAACCUUGAGGGCCAACAGAACCGAUUCUUACUCCUGAAUCCUUGGCACGAUAUAUUCAUCUAACUUUCUAGACUCAAUGCUGUUUGUUAAAAAGUUAAACAGUUAGAUCCUUCAGUAUUAUAUUAUUUUUCAGUCAACUUGGUUUCCCAAGCAGAUUAUUUACAGCUUCACCUAUUAUUAUUCUCCCUGUUCAAUUGAGCUGGGCAGGUCCUCAUUCUGAACGACAAUCUUCGAAGAAAAUAUCCAAAUAAUAAACAAUGUGUGGCAAUCAUUCUCGACACUCUCGCGGCGGUGCUCUCGCCGUACUCAGUCUUCCGUUAAGAACCACUCGAUUCAUGCCUGCAGUAACGACAGGUCGACUCACAUUUCACGACUGUGGGAAGGGAAGUUCUGUCGCUACUCAUGCUACGUUCGUACCCGACGAAAACAGUGGCAACAGUAGCUUCACCAAUUUAGAUUCAUGUAUCGUUGGUAUCCAUGAGACUGGAGAUCUCACGAGGUCUGCUAUAAUAAGUCCUUUUCUCUAUAAAUUCAGCCUGACACGGACACAACCAACAUUACAAGACGACCAGGAACAUUCGAUAGAAGUACCUCUUAGUCAUCCCAUGAAAAUCGAGGUUGGAGGUGAGGGAAUCAUUGGUCGCAGAGUUACCCUGUGGUCGCAACACGCCAUAGAUCCCAUCGCAGAAGGAAUCAUAGGAUAUAAUUAAGCUGUUCUGCAAGGUGGAUGUAUCAAUUAGUAAUAAGCAGGUGUCAAGAGCUAUAGGAUUCAUUUGCAAUUAGGGGGUCUCGUCUUUUUAUGAAACUCCACGAAAAUUGUUGAUUCACCUUGGAGUUAGCGGCGAAUACUUAACCUUAAUGGUCAUAUAGAUCGGAUUGCAUUUUGUAACUGAGCACCAUAAAUGAACUAUUAUCCAUUUUUCAUCAUUACCAGACUAGAUCAAGAGAAACACGUUUAUACGGGCUGAAUAG